GCCAGCCAGCGUCCUAUCUUCCGGCUGCUAAACACUGGGUGCUGAAAGCAUGCAACGUGGUGCUCAUGUUGCCAGUUGCCUAGUCCCGCUGUCCUCCUUCUACCUCGGCAUCGAAUCCCAAGCACACCAUCGCACCGCCCAUCAUCGCUCGCGGGUUUUGUUGGUUGUUGUACACCGGAUUCGCAACCAUCGCAUUAUGCGCGAACUAACAACAUGCGUGCGUUGGCGAGCUCGCUCCCUAGCGAGGCUAGGUACUGUACUGUUCUACUCUAGGUACCUACUCCGCCUCCACAAAGUCUGGGCUCCCCGCCGCCACCUCUCCGCGUUUCCCAUCUUCCAUCACUGCUCGUGGAGUGGACUGCUCGUACUACUGGAUGUUCGGAGGCCGCGGCGACCGACAUCGCGAAACUCGACGAGGUGUCAACAGACGAGACGUGAGAUUAUGCCGAGCGCAAGUGGGUGGCCGUGAGGUGCCUGACCGAACAUCCUGUGUCUACGAGGUACGAUUCGCGAGUUGCAUAAAGUGUUAUUAUUUUCGACCGGUAGGAAUAGGACGGGGCUAGGAGAUGGACAAGACCCGAGACCGGUGGUGGUUGUAGUGGUGGUAAAAUUCCGCAUUAUUUGGGUAGAGUUGGAAGCCUUGCACGAGAAUUGGUAAUAAUAAUAUAUUACUGAACAUCAAGGCAGCCAGCCUGCCAAUCUUUCUCCCCCCCAACUGCUUGUUCUUCCACCCUAUACCAAUCAAAACAUUGGCGACAUUCGACAGCCCAGUUUGGUGGCCUACCAAUACCUGCUGUGUUUACUGAUCAGUCUUUCGUUACUCAGCACGAGUGCAGAAAGCAGUGAGAAAGGACAACACUACAGUGGCAGUCCUGAUUGGCCGCGACUUGACGAGCAAAGUGAAAAGCAUUCAGUAGAGGUUGGUCCUGCUACGAACGAGAUAUACUCCUUUCACAUCCACCUGCAAAGACUCUUGUCAUCUCAGGAUCAUUAUCGAUCAUCAUCAUGGCAGCCGAAGUCCAAGGACACACCGAAGCGGCCUUCGAGCCACUCCGACAACUGAUGCAAGAGCUGAUCGCAUCCGGUGAAGAACUGGGCGCAUCGCUCGUGAUCGACAUUGACGGCAAGACGGUCGUGGACAUCUGGGGCGGAUGGGCGGACGAAGAACACACGCAGCCAUGGACACGAGACACCAUCACCAACAUCUGGUCAUCGACCAAAACGGUCGCAGCACUUGCAACCCUAAUCCUCGUCGACCGAGGCCUGCUCGACGUGGACGCGCCCGUGGCGAAGUACUGGCCAGAAUUUGGAGCCGAAGGCAAGCAAGACGUGCUGGUGCGCCACCUGCUGUCGCACACGUCGGGCGUGUCAGGCUGGGAGAAGCCCAACAUGACAGUCGAAGAGGUCGAAGACCUGUCUGUGUCGGUUCCCCUACUAGCGGGCCAGAAGCCAUGGUGGUCGCCGCCGGGUUCUGUGUCGGGAUACCACUCCCUCACAUAUGGGCAUUUGCUAGGCGAGCUGGUGCGACGCGUGACGCCCGACAACAAGCCCAUGAAGCAAUUUGUGCGCGACGAGAUAGCAAGGCCUUUAGGGGCAGACUUGCAAAUCGGCGCCGAGGAAAAGGACUGGUCGCGCAUUGCUCCUGUCGUCCCGCCGCCGCCCGCUCCCUUCGAUAUCACCAAGAUGAAUCCGAAUUCCGUGCUUGUCAAGACCUUCGCGAACCCUAUGCUCGAUGCCCGUGUCGUCGUGACUCCCGGCUGGCGACGUGCUGACAUUUCCGCCGCCAAUGGCCAUUCAAAUGCCCGUGGUCUGGCGAGAGUGUUGUCUACCGUCACGCGCGGCGGUUCCGUUGACGGCGUCAAGUUGUUGUCGCAGAAAACGAUCGAUCGUAUCUUCGACGUUCAGUCUGAUGGUCCAGACCUCGUCGUCGGCGUCCCUGUCACUUUUGGUAUCGGGUAUGGUCUUGCUGGCCCUGGUACGGCCCAGUCGGUCCCCUGGCUUCCGAAAAGCGGAAGAGUCUGCUUCUGGGGUGGAUGGGGUGGAAGCUUCAUUCUCAUGGACCUCGAUCGCAAAGUCACCUUUUCCUAUGUCAUGAAUAAGAUGGGUGCGGGCAUUCUGGGCUCGACUAGGUCCGAGGCUUAUUUCAGGGCUGCUUACAAGGCUUUGGGGGUCGAAGGAUACUGAAAGGACAGUGAAGGAGACGGUGGACGUGAAAAGACAGGGGGCCAUCGGUGCCUGCGCCUGAAAGGGGAAAUGGAUACUUUGAUAUACGAGUACGCAGUGAUGGGGCAUAGAUGGUUGAAGACCCAUUGGGUCGGUUCAAGUAGUCGUUGACCAAUCAAUCGAUAACCCAGUCGGGAAGCGAGAUACAGGUGUAUCAAGUAGUUCAGAACAACAUUUGUAAGCAGCUCAGAUCACAUCAUGUCGAAAGUUGCUACCAGUUCC